AUUUUCUAUCAGAAUUCGGCGUGCUUGCUUAUGACCACGUUUAACCGUUGUUAGACAUUUAGAUUCUGAAUCAUGUCCAUUUAAAGAUCGCAAUACUUAAUACUUGUGAGGGAGGGCCCGUCAGUUAUCCAGCCCCGUCCUUCGCAGGGUGGCAGGGGGAGACAGAUACACUUUUCUGGGUCAAUUUGGGCAAACCCCUCCUCCUCUCACCGUGUCACUUUCCCAGGACUUGGUGUUGAACUUUUAAAAUGGAACCUUAAAAACAGGAGGAAUGCCCCUGUGGAACCACUUUGCAAAGUAGAUUUUGGCGUUUGACAGACCCUGGGCAAUCUCUCUUGGCCUGGCCACCAGCCCCCAGGUCUUCGUGUUGUGGAGACAAGAUGGACAGAUUCCUGGUGAAGGGGGCUGUCGGGGGCCUUAAGAGAAGGAUGGAACAAGAGCAGACUGGAGGAGGUCCAGCAGGGUUGGCAGAAGAGGAAGGAAACAGUAAGAAAAAGCACAGGAGAGCAGCCCCGGGGAAUGGAGUUGACUUGGCAGGCCUCAGCUGGCGGCACAUUCGAGCUGAGGGCCUGGACUGCGAUUACAUAGUCCUGUUUGGCAAAGCCGAAGCAGACGAGAUUUUCCAAGAGUUGGAGAAAGAAGUGGAAUAUUUUACAGGUGCGCUGGCCAGGGUCCAGGUGUUUGGGAAGUGGCACAGUGUCCCAAGGAAGCAGGCAACAUACGGCGACACUGGGCUGACCUACACCUUUUCAGGCCUCACUCUGUCUCCGAAGCCCUGGAUCCCCGUUCUAGAGCGUGUCCGGGAUCGUGUUUCUCUGGUGACUGGACAGACCUUCAACUUUGUGCUCGUCAACAGGUACAAAGACGGCCAGGACCACAUUGGUGAGCACAGGGAUGACGAGAGAGAACUGGCUCCCGGGAGCCCCAUCGCCUCUGUCUCCUUUGGGGCCUGCAGAGACUUCUUCUUCCGGCAUAAGGAUUCCCGGGGGAAGCACCCGUCCCGGAGGCUGGCCGUGGUCAGGCUCCAGCUGGCCCACGGCAGCCUACUCAUGAUGAACCACCCAACUAACACUCACUGGUACCACAGUCUCCCGGUCCGAAAGAAGGUUCUGGCUCCCCGGGUCAAUCUGACAUUUCGGAAAAUCCUGCCUACUACGAAGUGAAUAACGUUGUUAAUAGUGAGUGCUUCUGUCGGCUCCUUCGCUCUCCAUUCCUAGAGGGAGCUGCUUUUUCUUUUACCAACAGGGAACAUAGAACGGGUUUCACCCAAGCACAGAGCUUCUUACGGGUACAACGCAGAACUCAGAGAAAAAGGACGUUUGUAUCAGACUGGUUAAUUAUGAAAGAAUACCAGCUGAUGUUUUUUUCCUAACAAAAUGAUUCCUUU